GCCAACGAUUCCAUUGUCCAAUGGCCGCAUCACUCCCACCCUUAGCCGCGCUUCGAUGUAGCUCGGACUCUCAUGAAGCAUCGCUAGCCUCUACGCUUUCGUUACUUCUCGAGCCGUCCCCGAUACUUCUGAAUCGUCUCGUGCCAGAACUCGCGCAAUCAGGACGCACGAAUGACCUCCAUUCAUACGCCGCCCUCAUCGACCUCGCGCUGGACGUCGUAUCUCACUGGCCGCCCGACGCACAGGCGCAAUUUAUUGCAGGUCACCCCCGGAUCGGGGAAACACAAGCUCUCUCUCAUCUCAGCGCCAAGGAGCAGGCCGCAAAGGCGACGCCGCCCGAGGUCCUCGCGCGCCUCGCGCACCUCAAUGCGUACUACGAGCGCAGGUAUCCUGGCUUAAUAUACAUCACUUUUGUCAACGGGCGCUCGAGGGCGGAGAUUGCGCGCGAGAUGGAGGACAAACUUGGGCUCGAGCACUCCCUGGCGGCAGAUCAGCCGCCAUUGAGUGGAAUUGAGCCUGUGGAGGUAGAGGGGGAGGAGUGGCUGCGGGAAGUGACGCGCGCGGUGGGAGACGUCGGGAAGAUUGCGAAGAGCCGGUUACGUGCGUUGGGUGUGGAGGAGAAUUAGUAGUUUAUAGAGAACCUUGGAGCCAAAUAUGAUGGCUUACGAGCCAGCAGGCCAGAAUACAGCUUCUGAAUAGAAGCUUGUAGAAAGCCUUCCGAUCGCGGGAUGUCGAUGUCUACCAUGAAGAUCGAUGAAUGCGUACACCAGCACGCUUCUCUUAAUUCAAUGACGACGCCGAUGUUCUCCAGUCCGUAGUG